GAUGUAAUCAAAGAAGAGGUUUCCUUCUCUCUUCUCUCUUCACAUGCACAGAAAGAGAAGGAACGAGAGAGAGAGAGAGAGAGAGAGAGAGAGAGAGAAACAAGAGGGAAUGUGCCAAAAAGAGAAAGAAGAGAAAGAAGAGAAAGGGCAACAGGACUUGAAGACAGUCUGAGAAGAGAGAGAGAGAGGGAGGGAGAGAGAGAGAGGGAGAGAGAGAAAGAGUGAGGGUGGAAGCUGCCAAGAGCAGUGAAAAAGCACAAGGCCAGGAAAGGAAUUCUCUUCAUCAUGGGCAAAUCAGCCUCAAGGAUAUUCUGUGAGGAGGUGCUGAAGUCUCAUAAUGAGUACAGAAAGAAGCAUCAAGCACCGCCAUUGAAGCUCAGCAACAAACUUUGCAGAGAGGCGGCGAGAUAUUCAGAGAGUUUGGCUAGCACCAGGAUUUUAAAGCAUAGUGUUGAAUCGAGUAGAGGAAACUGUGGAGAAAAUCUAGCCUGGGCGUCUUAUGAUCAAACAGGAAAGGAUGUGUCCGAUCGCUGGUAUAAUGAGGUGAACCAGUACAACUUUAACCAGCCUGGAUUCUCCUCUGGAACCGGUCACUUCACUGCGAUGGUGUGGAAGAGCUCAAAGAAGCUGGGUGUUGGUAAAGCUGUUGCAUCCGAUGGCUCCACAUUUGUGGUGGCUCGCUAUUUUCCUGCUGGUAAUAUCACUAAUCAGGGCCACUUCCAAGCUAAUGUCCUGCCUCCAAAGAGCUGAUCCUGGAAUGGUUGUGGAGCUAGAGGUCAGAGGUCAUGGGCUCUUAGGGCGAAUUGGACAAAGGUCUGAAAGCCCUAUAGGGCUAAGCCUUAUCAAACACACUGACACCUUACAGUUUGGUUGGCCUUAAAAUGUUACAAUUUUUUUUUUAAUACUAAGCUUAGUCUAUGUUCAGAGAUAAACCUGAAAGUUGGAAUAUCUUCAGAGCAUUGUAAGAUCAUUGAGCUCAUAUAAGUGCCUAGGUAUGUAACUAGACAUGUAAGUUCAGACAUGUAAACCCCAGUGCUCACACACACUGGCUCUUGUAUUAUUGCUAAAGGGAAAAGUCUAAAUGUCCUCAUAAGAGUGGCACAGUAUCACAGCCUAACACCGACUAAGAACCUGGGAUGUUUUAAAAUGUUGUCUGCUUUACUUUAAAGAAAAAGCCAGUGAUUUGUCUAUAUUGUUUCACAGUUGUGGUUUGGAUGACCUACAGAAGUAAGCAUUUAAACUGUUUAAAACUUGUCUGUGUGAGCUUGCCUCUCAACUUUACAUUUCAUUAAUAACACAACAGUAGUGGUUUGUUAUAUAUCUAGUGUUAUUUUGAAGCAGAGUUUUUAAUAGCCAGGACUAUUCUCUGACUAGUGUAACCUCACAGUUAACUUCUACAAUUCACCUUUUGAUGGAGCUCUUCACUCAUCGUCUGAGAUGAAUCUCCCAGCCUGUCUACUUCACACCAAAAUACUUUGAUCUGUACCCAAUAUAACCUCUUGGACCUCUGGUGUAGUAUUAUGAAUAAACCAUAUCUUUUAUAAA